GGCUCAGUUACGUCUGGCUCGCGGUGAGGGGAGGUAUAGCGUCCCUUCCCUCCAGCCGACACGCUCUCUGCCCUCCCGACCAACCCCGUGAACUGAGGACCUGUUUUGCGUUACAUCAGCUCUGCCUCUUCACGCGUCUUAGUGUAGGAACAUAUAUAAAGACGAAAGGAAAAGAAGGCAGGAAGAAUGCUUUUGGGAGUUAGUGAAGAAAAGUAGUGAAAUGUGAUGAAAGGAAAAGUGACACAAAGGGAAAAAAAAUGAACAGCAGAAUAUGAAUUAGAAAAAAAAGAACGAGAUAUAAAAAAAAAAAAACUUGAAAGGAAAACAGAACAAACGCAAAACAAACAGCAAAGGAAAACAAAACACACGGAAAACUUGACCAACCAUAGAGAAUAUAUAUAUAGAGAGAAAAAUCGCACUGAACCAAAAAAUAAAUAUAAAUAAAAGAGUGAGCGAGAGAGAGAGAGAGAGAGUGAGAGGGAAGGGGACCAAAUCAAACCCACAAUUUAUACUGCAUGGCGAGGGAAACUGUCGAGCCGUUGAACGUUUGGAAACACUAACACUACACUGAACACGGAGCACUUUGGUGGCGGCAGCGGCGGUGAGGGAAAUAUAUGCGCGCUGGAAAACAACCCCCCCAAAAAAUUACAUACAAAAAAGUUUCAAAGGGAAGUAAAACAAUAGUUACGUCCAAUCAGUGUGUUUAUGAAUAGCUCUCCGCGAUUGGGGAUGUCGAUAGUGGUGAUGCUGAUGAUGAUAAAAGAUAAGAGAGAUGAUGAUAGUUACUGAUAAUGAUGGUUGCGUAUAGUGCUGGAAAUGAACGUAAUGGACAAUGGAAGGAAGGAGAUAUAGACAUGUUAGGUUGGGUUUGUCAGACUGGUGCUGGAUGCUUCGUUUCUCUGAUGCUGUAGUGACUGACUCAAGCUUAGUUUAACACGUGAAUCAGCAUGGGUGAGUGAGUUACGAGUGAGUUAAGAGUGAGUAACCUGCCCCUUCAACCUAACUUAGAGCAGAAGGAAGGGAGACUGUUUUUGGUUGUUAGCGAAGAAAAAUAUCAAUGAAAAUGUGAUAAGAAGAAAAAUUAGUGAAAAGCAGAACUUUAAUUAGAGAAAGAAGAAACAAACCAAAACGAGGUAAAAAAAGUUAAUUAAAAAGUUCUCUCUCAAUUCGAGGCAAACUUAAGUAAACAAUGAUACUAAUAUGACAAAGAAAAAUAAGUGAACAGCAGAACUUGAAUUAGAGAAAAGAAGAAAAAAAGCAGAACGAGAUAAAGAAAGUUAAAAAGUUCUCUCUCUUUCUGAAAUCGUAACAAACUUAUGUAAACAAAACUACCAGAAUGACAAAGAAAAUUAAAUGAACAGCAGAACUUGAAUUAGAGAUAGAAGAAGAAGCAAACCAGGACGAGAUAAAGAAAGUUAAUUAAAAAGUUCUCUCUCUCAAUUCUUGGCAAACUUAAGUAAACAAUGAUACCAAUAUAACACAGAAAAAUAAGUGAAAAGCCGAACCUGAAUUAGAAACAGAAGAAUAAACGAACCAGAACAAGAUAAAAAAGAAACUAUAAAAUAAGUUCUCUCUCUCAUUUCGUGGCAGACUCAAGUAAACAAAGCUACCAAAAUGAAGUGACUUUACCCAAACAUUUCACUUCGUCAUUUGGGGGAGGAAAGAAUACACGCGUUACCCCUCCAAAGGCCCAUGUGAGUAAGAAAUCGGGGCCCCAGGAAGGAAAGGUGAAGCGUGUUGGCGAGGCAGCAAGGAGUGUAAAGUCUUUUAGUGGAGUUCGACGGCGUAAAAGGAGGAUGAGGACGAGUCUAGCGAAGUGACAUAAGACAGGUGGCCGCUCCUUCCUCUCUCCUUACCCGUCCCUCCUCCUCCUGCUCCUUAUCCUCUUUCCCCUCCUCCUCCUCCUCUCUCUCCUACCCUUUUCCAACGCGCCUGACUUGUGAAUCUAAGUAGGAACAUAGAAAAAGAGUGAAGAUAAUGAACUGAAUACGAAAAUUAAGAUAAGAAUAUGUAAGAAAGAAGGAAAAUACAUGAAAAAGUACCUCGAGCCUCCUAUAUACAAGUAAAGAGAAGGGAAAAUCAAGGAAAACACGUAGGGGAAUAAAGUGAGCGAUUCGUUUAGACAAAAAUCUUAUCGCAAUCUCAACUUAAAUGUGAGCAAACAGACUUUCAAGCCCCGAACGAGGGAAGUAAAAGUGUGAUUCAACGAGUUAGACCAAAGUUUGACGAAAUCUUGCCGAAACUUACCUAAUGAGACUAAACUUGAAACUAAUGAAAGAAAGAAGGAAAUUAUAUGAAACAAAAAAUAAAGAAAAAACGAAAGAAGUGCAGAAAAGAAAAUUGAACGUUAUUGAACCAUUGCUUCGACCAAAAAAGAAAAAUAUUGAAAGGAAAAGGGAAACAAAAAAAUAAUUAGAGGGAAAAAACAAAGUGAACAAACAAAAAAGAACAAAGAAAUGAUUUAACUACUCAAAAACAAGACAAAAAAACACUCAACCCAAAUGAAGAAAAAGAACACAGGCACUGAAAACAAAGACAACGACGAAGAAAAUCAUAAGAGUACCCCCAAAAAACACAACCACAAGAAAACAUCGAAAACGGAAAGCGAUCUCAAGCCUCUCGCAUUCGGUUACAGAAGACGGAGGAGGAGGAGGAGGUGAGCGUGUGUGACCCCAGAAUACGCGUGCCACAAGGCCCCUGAGUAACCAUGAGAGGGCCUUGCCUGUACACCGUGAGUCUAGUGGCCUGUGUCAUCGCUGCGGCCUUCACCCUCUGCUACUGCGCCAAGCCGAAGCUGCGAGGAGGACUUGAAAACAGCCCGCUGACGGAGGUUCGGUCGCUGGAGGGCAAGCGUGUGAUGUUGCCGUGCGAGGUGGCGCCGCCCAUCCCCGGAGACGACGUUAUCCUUGUGCUCUUCUACCGGGGCGCGCUCGGAACACCCAUAUACAGCAUCGACGGUCGCAAUGGCCCCGUGCAGCGAGCGCAACACUGGGCGGACGAGGACACGCUUCAGCGACGGGCCUACUUCGACCUCACCUCGCCCCAGCCUGGCCUCGUGCUGCACCCCGUCACGGCCAGCGACGAGGACGAGUACCGCUGCAGAGUGGAUUUCAAGUCCUCGCCCACCAGGAACGUGCGGGUCAACCUCAAGGUCAUCGUGCCCCCUAAAAAGAUCCGACUGGUGAGCGAGGCGGGGCUGGAGGUGAGCGGCUUGAUCGGCCCCUACCACGUCGGAGCCACCUUGACGCUGCAGUGCCACGUGGAAGGCGGCCGACCAGCCCCUUCCGUGACCUGGUGGAGCGAGUCUGUGAUGCUGGACGAUGUAGUAGAGGAGCAGAAGCCGGGAGCGAACCUCAACACCCUCACUCUCCCGGCACUGACUCGCGGCGACCUCUACCGUGUCCUGACCUGCAAGGCGUCCAACUCCAAUCUGUCGGUUCCUCUCGCUGCUGCCGUUACGAUGGACAUGAGCUUUCCGCCGCUAGAGGUCCGCAUCCUGGGUCGCCGCGAUGGGCCGUACUCCGAAGGUCAACAGUACAAGCUGGUGUGUGAGUCCAGCGGCUCCAGGCCCUCGGCUACUAUUACCUGGUGGAAGGACGGGAUGCUGAUGACGGACACUCGAAACCAGGUAUUCCAGGAAGGCAACGUCAGCAGGUCGACGCUCCAUCUGACGCCGACCCUCGCCGACCACGACAUCUACAUAUCCUGCCGCGCCGUCAACCCCCUGGUGACGACGGCCGUGAUGGAGGACUCGACCAAGCUGAACGUGUACUACACGCCCCGCCUCUCCCUAGCGGCGGGCAACAGUCUCAACAUGGACGACAUCAAGGAGGGCGAUGAUGUGUACUUCGAGUGUGGGAUCAAGGCUAACCCGAGCAUCUACAAGGUCCAGUGGUUCCAUAACGGGGAGGAGAUCACCCACAACGUAUCGGCGGGCAUCAUUCAGAGCAACCAGAGCCUCGUGCUUCAGCGGCUCACCAAGACCUCCUCAGGCCAGUACACCUGCGCCGCCUCCAAUAUCCACGGUAGAAGCGGCUCCAACGCGGUCCAGCUCAGCGUCAAGUUCUCGCCCUUGUGUCGGCCCGGCCAGACCCUCGUGUUCGGGGCCGCCAAGAACGAGCAGCUGAACAUCACCUGCAGUGUUGAGGCCCACCCCGAGCCAACCUCCUUCAGGUGGGCGUUCAACAGCUCCUCGGAGGUGGUGGACAUUCCUGCCGCACGUAUACGGUCGGCGGGGAAGAGCAGGAGCCAGGUGAGCUACGUUCCGACUCGCCACCAGGACUACGGGUCGCUCCUGUGCUGGGCGACCAAUGACGUGGGGGUCCAGCGGCAGCCUUGUAUCUACCACGUCAUCCACGCCUCGCCUCCUGAUCCCGUCAACAACUGCACAGUGGAGAACAUCAGCUCGUCGGGGGUCGGGGUCCGGUGUCAGGCAGGGUGGGACGGCGGACUGGCCCAAACCUUCACGUUGUCAGUCACGCACGCUCGGGCUCACACGCGCACAGGCCACCACUCCAGGAAGGCUGCCCCGCGUGUCCUGGCCAAUACCUCAACGGCGCCACGGCCUGAAUUCGCCCUGAGUGGUUUAGAGCCCGGGACGGAGUACUUGCUGACGAUCAUGGGCGUGAACAACAAGGGACAGAGCGAGCCCGUGAGGAUAGCCGUGGUGACGCUGAAGGAUGUGGCGGAGAAGCGCACGAGUCCUGUUGGGAGCGCCCUGGCCCUCACCUCCCUGCUGGGCGUGGUGCUGGGUGUGCUGGCGUCCCUACUGGUGAUGGCGGCGGUGGUGGUGGCGCUGGUGAGGCGGGCACGGACCCAGCAGAAGCCCGAAGUCAAGAUGGUAUACCACAAGGGCGCUGCUGGUCACCACUUGCCCGAUGAGGUGGACGAUUCUAACCCCGAUGUGAUUCCCGUCAAUGAUGACCACCAGGUGCAACAGAGCGCUCAGCAGACGAAGCAGCAAGGCCAACAGCAGCACCCGGGCCAGCAGCAGCAGCAGGAACAGCACCACGCGCUUCAGCAGACAGCAGCAGACGUGGACGCCGCAGCAGACCGCCAGCCUCCCGCCCAUUUGGACUUGUAUGGCGGGGGUGGACACGUGCAAACCCACCUUGGUCAUGAGGGGUCCUUCUACAUCAACCCCGGGACUCUGCUUCGCCAGGGCGGCAUACCAGGGCGGGAGCAGGACCCUCUGAGCCUAGUGGGGGGACCUUUAGCGGCCUCCACCCCCACCGCGGCCACCCCAAACCAGGCCCCGAUGUACUGUUCACCACACCUUACAUCCCUGCCACUGCCCCCUUACCAGUGCGAGGCCGUGCCCUACACCCAACAAGGCACGCCCACCUACCCAAGAGAGGUGUCCUUCGUGCCCAUAUCCUCAGCCUACCCGCAGGAUCUUCACACGCAUCCUGAAGCCUACCCGCAGGACCAUUACACCCCUGACCUGCCCUGCCUUCCGCCUCCCUACCCUACCUACUCUCUCAGCCUUGGACGUGACGGCAGGAUCGGGCCCCAGCAAAGCCCAGGGUGCCUCCCGCCUGGCCCUCACCCCCUAGGCCCCCCGCCACACCCCGAGGCCCUAGGGACGCCCACGACGAGCCCCUGGGACGGCUCGAGUGAACGCAGGGUUAGCCCCGGCCGCGAGAGCUCCGUGUAAGGUGUGACCGCGGCGGCGUGGGCAGGGACGAUUGAACGUCUAAAGAGAGGGAGGAAGACGGUAUUUCUACUCCGACGCUUUGUCUCUCUACGUAAAUGGCUUGGCUGGCUGGUUGGCUGAAUGGCUGACUGUCUAGCUGGCUGGUCCCCGUUCGAGUAGUGUGGAGCAGAAUAUCCACACGGGCGUCUCAGGAGAAUCUGUCCUUCUGUGUGUGUGUGUGUGUGUGUGUGUGUGUGUGUGUGUGUGUGUGUGUGUGUUUCUAUCACUCGACUUUUGUACUACUUGUAAAUCCUCUACAUCAAAUUCUCUAUCUUCGCCUGUCUGUCUGUAUGUCUGUCUGUUUCUUUCUACUUCAAUGUGUAUUUCAAUUUCUCUAUCUCUAUUUCUGUCCCUUUCUGUGUCUCUGUCUCUAUCGUUUCCUCUGUUUCUCUGUCUAUCUAUCGUUGUCUCUCUUUAUCUAUCACUAUCUCUCUCUCCCCCCCACAAGAGUGCUUUAGAACAAUCCGUGAGAUUAUGACAAGAGACCAACAAGUCCCCCUUCCCUUUCGAGGUGCGCGCAGGGACGAGGGCAGCGGACGGGCGGGCCAGCGGGCGAAAUCAGGCCUCCCUCGUUCCCUUCCUUAACACUGUACAUACUUACUGGAGGGCUGAGGGGCGAGGCGUGGAGACCCGUAAGUGUUUCCUUCUGUCUUGAAUGGGUUGGCGUCGCUUUUGUACAUACACAACAAACAUAGAUGGAGUUAAACAUGAAUACAUAUUUCCGUGAUAUAUAUCUCUAUUUGUUUGGAGGAGAGAGUGUUUAUAUGAGGAAAAUGAUGUUAUUGACGUGAAAUCUAAGGGGUGAAUGAGGUAUAGGAGUUGCUGGCUAAGUUACGUCAGAAUAAUCAGUGUAAUCUUGAAACUAUAACAAUACCUUCGAGCUCAGCGUUAUGGACACAUCUGGCAGUGGUAUUGAAGUAGAAUCUAAAGUGUUGAGGGAUUACGAGAGUUGCUGGCUAAGUAACGAAGAUAAUCAGCGUAAUCUUGAAACUAUAACAAUACCUUGGAGCUCAGCGUUAUGUGAGACAUUUAUCGGUAAUAGAGGAAAGUGAUCGUGAGUCCUGACGCAUAACAAGGUCCGAGAGAGAGAGAGAAAGGGACCAGAUGCAGACAUAUGGUACUCGUUGUUGCCUCCAUUGAAACCUUCCUCGAUAAUUAUAAUGACCACUGAUGCUACGGUGCGGUAAGAAGAGAGUGUCUGUCAGCUGUUCCGUUCAGGUAAGGUAGCCACUGUAUAUGAGGAAAUGGGUCGUGGCAAUAUACGGCGUAGGUAGAAGUGGAUGCAAGGGAAAGAGACGGGAAAUGGAGUAUGGAAAAUGUGAUAAAACGUUGACUUCGUAGCAUAACAAAAGAAACUACGUGAAUUAACUUUAGAAUGAGUGCGGAAACUUUUGGAGGAGCGAGAAAAGUUUAGAAAGAAGCAGAAAAGUAUGAUAAUAGGAACAUGAGAGACUGAUAAAACGUCGACUUAACUUUGUAUCCGAAAAAUGAGACCGCGAAAACGUCGACUUAAAAUCAUAAAACAAGUAAAGCUACGCAAAUGAUGUCUCCGAACUAAAAUAACAAGAAACAAAGAACAGGGAACAUUUGAGGUCACUGGAAAUGCCUCUAAACGACCCUAAAUAAACAAGAGUCUGCUGAAACCUGUCCACAAGUCUUACUAAUUAUGUGGAGCGAGGAAAGGCCAAAUUAGGGUUCCAUGUACUGUAUGUUGACUAACUCUUAAAGAACUAUCAAAAUAAAUGUUUGGCGACGGGGAAAUGACAAGGGAGUGAAAAUACAUCAACUAACUAGAGAACUAUCAAACACUCUCACGCAAAUGAUCUCUUAAGUAACAAAAAGCAAAGAACGGGAAGUGUUUGAGGUCACCAGGACUCUAAGCAAGUCUUCGUAACCUCUGCUGAAACCUUGCUACGAGUCUUGCUAAUAUUUGGGGCGAGGAGGCGCGGCGAGUGUUCCGUGUCCUGUGUUAGUCGGUGCCUCCUACAGUGUCCCGGCAGGGCGUCUGGUGUCAUUUUGUUAAGUAUUCGCUGUGUGCUGGCUGGCGGCUCCCUGGGACGCCGCAACGUGUAUCAGACGGACUCGAAACAAGGCUUGAGUUUAGUGUUGCCAAGGGCGGUGUUUUUUGUUUUUGUUUUUUUUUACCAUUUUGGGAUGAUUUUGUUCUGAUCUGAGUUUUAUUUAUUUUUUUCGAUUUAGGGAUUUUUUGUUUAGGUUUCAAGUGUUAUAUUAAAGGGUUAAGAAACUGUUUUUAAGUCCAUUCUGGGUUACUUUUAGGGAGACGGAAGUUAAAUUUAGGGGGGACAGGAGUAAAAGUUUUGGGUUGGAAUAAUUUUUCGAGGGGGGGGAUGGAAGUAGUUUUUAGGGAGAAGGAAUAAUACUGGGGAGGACAGGAGUAAAAUUUUGGGGUGAGAAUAUAUUUUUGGAGGGGUGAGUAAUUUUGGGGCGGGAAUCAUUUUUUCGGGGGUCCAGGAAUAUUUUUUUUCGGCGGGAAGGGGUGAGAGUAAUUUUUAGGGAUAGGGAAUAAUUUUUUGAGGGGACAGGAGUCAAAUUUUGGGGUGGGAAUAAUUUUUAGAGGGGGCUGGAAUAUUUUUUUAGGAGGGGGAGAAUAUUUUUUAGGGGUGUAGGAAUAUUUUGGGGGGUGAGUUGAAUUUUGGGGAGAAUGCACUAUCAAUUUGCAUUUUCUUAUAUACUUUCAAUAUUAUAAUCCUCGAGGGAACGUUAUAACAAGAUAUUUAGUUUUUUUUUUAAGGAUUUAAGUUUAUAGUGUCUCCAUAUAGGUCUUUUUGGGGGCUAAUAUGAUUCUAACACCGACUUGGCAACACUGGAACUCAACGGACCUUUAAAAAUAGAGCUAACAUUGACCUUUUAUAGAGUCAAGAGUCUCAGAAAGGUCACCGCGCGAUCCCCAGACACCGCUGACCACAUCUUUUCCUCCAGCGCUCAAAAUGUGUCUCUGAGGUCACAUCCCUGUCCCUGGAGGUCACUUUACGGAGUUUGGAAGGUCACACUCCGGCCUCCUGACCUCUGACCUCCGCGGUGUGUCCUAUAUAAGCUUUUGUAUAACUCUCAGUGUCAUUCAACGUUAUACAAUGAAAAAAACUAAUAAAACAGACUUUGUAACUGG